AUGUCGGACUCUGUAGAUCGGGUCUUCGUCCAUGCCCUCAAUACCGUCAAGAGGAUCCCCCGGAGCGGCACCGCCAGACCCCCGUCCGCCGAGCGGCUGAAGCUAUAUGGCUUGUAUAAACAGAGCAUGGAGGGGGAUGUCGAAGGUGUCAUGGAUCGACCGAUAGGGAAUACACCCGAAGUGCACUCCGAGUGCGAGAAGUGGGAUGCAUGGUACGCGCAGCGCGAUCUCUCGCGAACAGAAGCGAAACGCCGUUAUAUCUCCACGUUAAUCGACACAAUGCACCAAUACGCAUCCCAUACCUCCGAAGCCCGCGAACUCGUCGCCGAACUCGAAUUCGUCUGGGACCAGAUCAAAUAUAAUGUCUCCUCUUCCUCCUCCUCAAGCCCCCUCAACACAGUCGGUGUCCCGCCCUUAUCGCGCAGCGCGUACGGGAGUAUUGGCGGCCGAUUAGCAGAGGAAUAUGAAAGCGAAAGGCCGCGUCGGGAUGGUCGAGACUCCCGAUUACGGGUCCUGAGUCCAGUCAGCCAGCCUGAGGAUCGGGAUGUGUCUGAUCAUGAAGAUGAGGAUGAUGAUGAAUUCGAAGAAGCGCGCGAUAGUCUAUAUGAGCAGGAUGAGGCGGAUAGUAGCACGCAUACGGACAUUUCGCCGAAACAUAGUCGGCAUCCUGCUUCAGGAAGCAUAGCCAGUAGCGGUGCUGGACUCCGCUCUCAUUCUAACGCUCGCUCACAUUCACAAUCACAAUCACAUUCGCAGUCUGGGCUUCCUGGGCCGAAGGAUGGGCGCUGGCGUCGAAGGGUUGAACAGGCUCUUACGAAAAUGACGGCCGAGAUAGCCGCUGUUCGUGAGCAAAUGGAGACACGGACCGUUGCGCAACGCCGUCGGAAUGGCCUGUGGGCCUGGGGAAAGUGGAUUCUGUGGGUUGCUGUGCGGCAGAUUCUGGUCGAUAUCGCUAUGCUGGGCAUGCUUUUAAUCUGGAUGCGCAUUCGCGGGGAUCGAAGAGUUGAAGAUCGCCUCAAGACCGGGUGGGCUGCUGUCAAAGCCAGACUUGGGAGGGUCAGAGGUAUGGGGUUGAGGAGGGUUGAUAUGCCUCUCUUGCCUUGA